UAUACAGCGGCAUGACUUAGUUAAAAACGUUCCAUCUGAACGAACCACAAGGCCUUUGGAACGUCUUCAGGACAUACGAAGUCUGAAGUAAAGACGGACGCAGCCCAUCGCCACAAACGCCUUCCACCAACCGUCGAGCAUGGUAGAGGGUCUCUUUCCACUUUCUAAAGCCACGUGAACUUAAAGCUUAACGUUUCGGCCUUGUGUGUGCAGUGUCCUGCGAUCCAUUCCUGGUGAAUCCCCUCCGUUUAUUACUACCAGCCGGGUGUUUCGCCCUUGUGAUUGGUUUUGUGUUUUGGUCAGGCCAUGGCGCCAGCGGUGUGGGCGGUGCUCCGGGUGCUAUCCCGUCAGGGAGUCGCUGUGCUGAAAUCAAACGUCCCUGCCAGCAGCAGAGGAGUUUCUGUGUGGCAGAGGCCUUCUGUGACGAGCUGCUGCAGACGGAUAUCCAGUGAGGUGAGACACCUGCAGGCUGCAGCCAGGAUGCCCGAGAUAACCACAGAUCACCUGGAUGAGAAGCAGGUUCAGCUGCUCUCUGAGAUGUGCAUCCUUAUCGACGAGAACGACCAGAGGAUCGGAGCUGACACCAAGAAAAACUGCCACCUCAACUCCAACAUUGAUAAAGGUUUGCUGCACAGAGCUUUCAGUGUCUUCCUUUUCAACAGCGAGGAGAAGCUGCUCCUGCAACAGAGAUCUGAUGCCAAAAUCACUUUCCCAGGCUGCUUCACAAACACAUGCUGCAGCCAUCCUCUUCACACAGACAGUGAGCUGGAAGAGAAGGACGUGUUAGGCGUGAGAAAGGCUGCUCAGAGGAGACUCCAGGCUGAACUGGGUAUCCCUCUGGAGCAGGUGCCACCAGAGGAGAUGACCUAUUUAACACGGAUCCACUACAAAGCCCAGUCCGAUGGAGUAUGGGGAGAACAUGAGAUUGAUUAUAUACUCUUCUUACAGAAGGACGUGGAGUUGAGUCCAGAUCCCAAUGAGAUAAAAAGCCACUGCUACGUGAGUAAAGAGGAGCUAAAAGCGAUGCUGGACAAGGCCAAGCGCAAGGAGCUGGAGGUAACCCCUUGGUUUGGCCUAAUCGCGGACACUUUCCUCUUCAAGUGGUGGGACAACCUGCACAACAUGAAACAAUUCAUGGAUCACAGCAACAUCCACCGCAUGUAGCCAUAUUUCAGAUUUUCCAGAUAUUUCCAGCCUUGGAAAAUAAGAUUUUGUAUGUAUUCAGGAGGUCUUCAAGAACUGCAAUACUGAGCUGUGGGAGUCCUGAAUGUAACCAUCUGUUGUUUCCAGUGCUCAUGGCUUUUGGACUUUAAAGGGAUGUAGUGUGAGAGUCAGUCUAGAAAAGUUAAGAUAACAGUAGUGCUGGCAUUGACCAAUGAGCAGCACCGUUUGAGGACCAAGCCUCUAACAUUUGUUAGUUGAAAGAAUGCAACUUUGUUGUCACCUCAUCAGAAAUUGACUAUUUUUAGUUAGAAACAAGUUCAAGUGCCUGAUAACAGGACAGUAAUUGAGAUUAAUCUUCAUCUUGCUCUACAAUGUUGACAGUGUGUACUUGUACAUUAAAAAAAUCUAAAUGACUGUGA